CCGCCAGCGCGCCCACCGUGUUGUUGUGGUAAAUAAUGGCGGCAUCGGGAGGCGGAUUACCAUCUCCCCCUACCGUGGCGGGCUCGAACCUCCAGCACCCGGCCCGGGCUCGCUUCCCGGGCCGGCCGUGGGCGACUCGCAGCAGGCUGCGGUCGGAGAAGCGCACCAGACGCGGAAGGCUGGGCUCGGAGGACGGGGAGCUGGCUGUCGGAGGGCCGAGGCCCGUGGACAUCGGGCUCGCGUUGAGCGAGGACCCGGCCCUGCUGCGCCUGCUCGGGGUGGCGGAGAAGCACCGGCGGCGGAGGGAUGCGGGCUUCGAGUCCAGCAGCAGCAGCGAGCAGGAGGAAGAUUUCACUGGAUUUGGGACCUCGACAGUUUGUCCGAAGAAGAAGAAGUCUGGCACCGUUACCCGGUCUUCCCCAUUCAGCCGAGCAAAGUCUUCCCGUGCUUCGGACCGUUCUCCAGAAACAAAACAUCUCGUUGGAAAAGUUAAACCCAACACCCUUAAACCAGCUCUGAUUGGGAAAAUUGUACCUAGGAUUCACAAAGAAGGCCCAGGUGUCACAGAGAGCCCAGAAGAAGACAAACAAAUACCCAAGAUGAUUAUUAAAGUGCGUAGCAAGCGGUUAGUCCUCCCCACAAAAUCCAAACAUAAAGACGAGCAGGCCUCAGGCAGCAAGAGCAGUACGAGAUCAACUGUCUCGACAAGGAAAGCAGGACAAACAGGCAAGUCAGGCAGAAUUCAAAACCAAACAUCUGGUGACAUCAAGGGGGAAGAUGAGCUUUCAGGGGAUUCAGACUCGGACAAAGACCAGUCCCGGCCACACAGCUCUCCGAAACCACUUGGGCACACCAGAGGCACAUCUCAAGCAGUCGCUCUGUCAUUUACGUCCAUCCACAGACGGCAGAGGAAGAGGAUUGUUAAGAGUACGGGUGCCUCUCCGGAGGCUGGAGCCGAGGCCGGUGCUCAGAGUGGAGAGGAGGCAGCAAUGCCCCUCGAGUGUAAAGCUGAAGUUUCCCCUAAGAAACGAAAUUACAGAAGAAAGUCUUUUUGGUGCAAGAGAAAACCACCGGCAACCAUCAGAGGCCCGAGAGUGUGUCGUGCUCGCACUAAGCGUGUUUUUUACACGUAUGUACCAGAGGCCAUUCCAGCCACACUGACGAAGGACGAGAUCGAGGAGCAGCUGAUGGAACAGAACAUCACUCCGUCAGAAGGACAACACAGCUCCUUCUCUGAACAAGUCCAGCAGAGCUCCCACUCCUCCGCUCCUUUGAUGAGCGCACGGUCCUCUCGAGUUAUUAAAACUCCAAAGAGGUUCUUGGACGAGCAAAUGAUCCCCUUUCCAAAGGGUCCUUUAUCACAAUUGCUUAAGAGUCAGCAGAGAGAGGACGGGAAACCGAGUGCAUCACCCCAUGAGUCAGGUUAUCUUGGCCACUCGCUGCUGUCAGACAGUGACUCUUUAUCCGUUUACAACAGCCCGUCUGCUCUGAUGAAGUUCUCCUCGAAGCCCAGUUCAGGCGCGAGCCACGUAGAGAUUUACAAGAACCUCAAGAAACUGACUUUGAAACUGGCAGAGAAAAAGAGAGGCCAGUGUGACACUCCGGAGGAUCACAUGUAUCACAGCGAAGGCUUGAGCUCUCACGUCAAGAAGAGGCGGAGGUCAAAGCUCAUGAUGGAGGAGAUGGAGAUGGACUCUCCUGGUGUUGUGAGGAAACUAGCGGUGGUGGUGAACACUGAUGCGGUGAAGCCCUCUCAAACGCCGUUCCAAGAGAGUGGAAGCAAUAAUCAAGCAGGAGGCAUGACGGGGGAGGUUCAGGAGACUUUAGAAGUCAGUGGGCCCAGCCAUCGAAUAGGUCUCAGUGGAGCUAAUAAGAGGAUGCUCCACCUGCUGAAGAAAGCCAAAGUCCAGCUCAUCAAGAUUGAUCAGCAGAAGCAGCUCAAGUUGUCUCAGUUGGGCUCCAGAGAACUGCAGGUGCCAGUAAGUGGAAGGAGGAGGAGGAAAGUUGCUACAUCUCCUCAAGAUACCAGUUCUCAGGAGCAGCCGGCGGGUGGUCCGAGGAUCAAACACGUGUGUCGGGCAGCAGCGGUGGCUCUGGGGCAGCCCCGUGCCAUGGUGCCAGAUGAUAUUCCCAGACUGAGCGCUCUGCCUCUGCACGAGAGAGAGGGCAUCACCUUCUCUCCCGCAACUGAAGAUGUGGCAGAUGACGACGAUGACGUCUCUGACCAGGGCAGGGCUCAGUGGGUUGUCUCGCAGGAAACCAUCCAGCGGAGGAGGAUAGGAAGGGGGAGGGGCAACAAGUUUAGAAAGAGGAAGAUCAUGAGACGAUUCGGAGGCGUGGGAUCCCGCUCCCGGCGCUGCCAGGGCUGCAAAGGCUGUCUGGUAAAGGAGGACUGCGCCAAGUGUAUGAACUGCCUGGAUAAGCCCAAAUAUGGAGGGCCUAACACCAAGAGGCAGUGCUGCAUAUACAGAAAGUGUGAGCAGAUUGAGAAAGCGAGGUUUCAACGUGUUGUCAGACUACUGAAAGGCUCUAUGUCGAGCAGUGACACCGGGAACUGGGAGUUGGGAGGAGAAGGCGAGGCCACGUCUGCAGUGGCGACAGGAAUCAGAAAACAGUCCCUGCGUAACAUCAAACCUCGCUCCUACAGCAGCCUGCUUAAAUCUGAAUCUGAGGAAGAGGAGGGAAUAGGAGAAGAGGCUAAUGACGAUAAGUCAACAGUCAAGGCAAAUGUGGCUGCUGCGAGCAAACAAGAUCCUGCUACUCAAGACUGGAGAUCAGGGCCGGACGACCCUGCACCUGAAGUGGUGAAGAAUCGCCGGGUGCUCUCCAGAGGAGUCGUGAGCAGACCCAGAGCGAACAAGAAUUCUGCAGAGUGUGCAUCAGUGAACUCCCUGACGGGGUUAACUAAUGGACUUCCCAAUAAGGGCCUGUUGCAGAAAAAGCACAAGAUCCACGUGGACUUCAAGGAGGACUGUGCUGUUCAGAAUGUUUGGCUCAUGGGCGGCCUCAGCGUCCUCACGUCUGUCCCGUCCACACCACAACCCGUCUGUCUGCUCUGCGCCAGCAAAGGACGACAUGAGUUGAUCUUCUGCCAGAUCUGCUGUGAGCCUUUCCACAGUUUCUGUCUCUCACCCGAGGAGCGCCCCCAGGGGGAGAACAAGGAGAACUGGUGCUGCAGGCGCUGCAAAUUUUGUCACGUUUGUGGACGCAAAAGCAAGAGCACGAAGCCUGUGUUGCAGUGCAAAAGAUGCCAAACCUCCUACCAUCCUUCCUGCCUGGGACCAACGUACCCUAAACCUAUGAACUGCAGCUUGCCCUGGGUUUGCAUGACGUGCAUUCGGUGUAAAAGCUGCGGUGUGACUCCUGGAAAGUCCUGGGACUUGUCCUGGAACCAUGAGCAGGAUCUGUGCCCUGAUUGCACUUGUCUCUACAAGAAAGGUCAUUUCUGUACGGUGUGCCAGAAGUGCUACGACGACAGCAGCCAACACGCACAGAUGAUUCAGUGUUCGGAGUGCAGCCACUGGGUUCAUUACAAAUGUGAAGGACUUUCGGAGGAGCUGUGUGGUUUGCUGUCGAGCCAAACAGAGGAGAUGGAUUUCACUUGUUCACCCUGUAGCGAGCAGCAGACUGACCACAGCUGCCUGAAGGAGGAGCUGCAGAUCAGGCUGAUCGCCGGGCUGGAGAUGGUUCUCACUGACCUCCUCUCCCAUGAUGCCACCAAGCACCUACUUAUCUGUAAUGUGUGUCUGGAAACAAACGACUCAGGGUUUUUUAGGGAACAGCGACCAGUCUGUGAUCUGAAAGUGAUGGAGAGGAAGUUUGAAGAGGGAGUGUACACCUCAAUAAAAGCAUUCCACAAGGAUGUCAACUCUGUGAUGAAGAAGUGGCUGAGGGAGGAAGAGCUUUUCCCUGAGGAUCAGAGGCCAACUACUCAGGCCAAGGCACACUAUGUCAAACUGGUGGAGCAGAUUUUCACUUGGCUUCCCUCACCUAUUCUAAAAAAAUGGAACUCCUUCUCUGAUGAAUUUCCAAGCAGCAUGCUCCCCGAGGCCGUCCCUCCACCAUCUAAGGAGCACAGCUAUGCACAGUGGCUGGAGAGGACAUACCAGCUCGAGGAGUCCAGGGGCCCACCAGCGGGGAAAUCGGACCCUCUGCUAUCCUCACUCUCUACAAAGCAGGCUGGUGCAACCCGCAGCCUCCCUCUGCAUUCGCACGGUGUAAAAGGUGACCUGAAAUCCAUCAGGACUGGGGAUGCGAGGCAGUGUGCACUUUGCCAAAAAUAUGGAGACUCUGCUCCUGCUGAUGCAGGACGGCUGUUAUACUUGGGGCAGAAUGAAUGGGCGCACAUUAACUGCUGCCUUUGGUCUGCAGAGGUGUAUGAGGACAACGGUGCUCUUCUGCAAGUGCACACCGCUGUCUCCAGAGGGCGCCACCUGCGCUGUGAUCGCUGUGGACAGUCGGGAGCGACUGUGGGCUGCUGUCUCGCCACCUGCCAGAGUAAUUUCCAUUUCAUGUGUGCUCGCGCCCAGAGCUGUGUGUUUCAGCAGGACAGGAAGAUGUUCUGCUGGAAACACAGGGAUCUCGUCAGUGCAAAGGUGGUGUCUGGAGAAGGGUUUGAAGUCCCUCGACGGGUGUACGUAGACUUUGAGGGGAUUACCUUCAGAAGAAAGUUCUUCACGGGCCUCGAGCCAGAAAGCAUAAACAUGACCAUAGGCUCUUUGCAGAUUCAGAAACUUGGUGUGUUGUCAGAGCUGUCGUCUAAUGGGAGAAUGCUGUAUCCUGUCGGCUAUCAAUGUUCUCGGUUGUACUGGAGCACUGUGGACCCCCGCAGGCGCUGUAAGUACACCUGUAAGGUGACAGAAGUGAGCACGCCACUCCCCGGUGAGGAACAGGAUCUGAGAUGGGACAAGGAGGACAAUCACACCAUCAUCCACAGUCCCAAACACCGCAGAGAUAUGGAGUCUCCAGAUCGUUUAAGCACCUCAUCCAGCCCAAUAAAGUCCACUACCCCAUCACCCAACUCUAAACUGCACAACACCCCUGGGUCCAAAAGUCCUGGUUACACACAGACCAGGAGACCAGCAGGAGGAUCAUCCCGACCUCUCCCAUCACCAGGAGCCGCUGCCCCCAAAUCUCAUCACAUCCUGACCCUGAGGGACCUGGAGGACCCCCGUCGGCCUCGCAGGCUCUCAACGAGAAGCCGCUGUAGCUCCUCCCCAACGGACAGUGAUCCAACUGUAGCGAUGACCCUCCGCUCAGGGGGCACCGUCCACCCCAGAUCUGCGCUGUUCAACUCCCCACCGAGGUCAUCGAGCGUCGGACCGGCCUCGCCUCCUCUGUCACGACAAAACUCCACGUCGCCAGUAUGGAGCUCCCCGCCGAGAUCCACCUCCAGCAUCGCUGCAGGGAUGUCGCCGCGGCAAGCAGUCCUCACUCCCUCCCCCAAAGGCAGACAGAGCUUUAAAAUCACCACGCCGGUCUCUGCCGAGGUUCCCCAAGACUUCCUGGCGUCGUCCGAGGCAGAGGACGCGGCCGUGGCCACGACCAACGGGAUCUCGCUCGCCCCGGAAAUCCUGGAAGAGGAAGUUGCCCACCUGAUUUCCCAGGAGCUGCCUUACACCGUGUUUGACACCGACACAGAGGUGGCCGUGGCCUCCCUGCUGGACGCCAAGCUCGAGUUCGAUGAAGCCCUGCUCACGGAGAACGUGGUGCUUCACUGCGGUAGAGGAGAGGCGGAAGGCGCAGGGCAGGAUGUGGAAAUGCAGGAACAGAAUCCGGAGAAUGACUCUGAAGACGAAGACUCGAGCCAUUACCUGAGGUUUUCCCGUACCGUGGUGUGUGAAGCAGCGGGCGGCUCGGAGGCCUCGGGUCAGCUCCCCUCAGCACCGUCCAUCUCACAGUUGGAUGGAGCAGACAGCGGCUCAGAGAGCGACGGGAGCGAAGUGAGCAGCGCCGAAGUGCCGGACGUUAACAUUCUCACCAAUAACACAAAUAAGCCGACUAAACAGCUGACCAUUGCGCUGAAGAGGCUGGAGUCGAUCUACACGGUGGCACAGCCAACGGUCCAACCAGCGACAACAGAACCUGAGAUCCAGGAAACCGCACCGAUGACUGCUCUUCUCCAGUCAGAUUACGCACAAGAUGACACUUCACUCCAGGAGGAGGAGGUCGCCGUGAGCUCGGAGGUCGCCGUGAGCUCGGAGGUCGCCGUGAGCUCGGAGGACGCCGUGAGCUCGGAGAUCGCCAUCAGCUCGGAUGUCGCCAUGAGCUCAGAGGUCGCCGUGAGCUCGGAGGUCGCCGCGAGCUCGGAAACGCCAGCAUCUCAAGACGACUUUAUUUUGGAUUCAAGAACCGGCCAUUUUAUUUCUGCUGACGAUGACUCGAUGGUUAACACAAGAACCAUCGAAGAAGACAAAGAUGACACUAUCUCGUCAGCUGACUCGGUCGAAGGGUAUAAAGACGAUUUAAACGACCCCGACUACUCGCCAGAAACUGAAACCAAAAAAUCUCCGUUACUGAUGAAGACUUUUGUGAUGAAGACAAAACAGCCCCCAGCACAACUUCAACGCUUGUCGCCAAAGCCGUGUCUUCCGCCACAGCUUAGUUACAAACUUCUGUUGCCCACUCAACCAGGAAGUGACGUGUCCGGUUCGCCCGCUGCUGCCACUCUGUGUGCGGUCCCACACACAGUCACAAACCCCAUUCUAAUCAAUGGUUUAAACGCUUUACCUGUGCAGCCCGGUGCCAGGCAGAGAACCUUCGCCAUCCGCCUGAACACCUCCAAACCCGGAAGUCCGCAGCAGGCGAUGGCUGUGAAUCCGGCUGCAGCCACUAACUCGGCCUCGGCCCCGGCUCCGGCCCAUCAGGUCCUGCUGGUCAACCGCCAAGGCCAGAUUCUCGUCAAGGACCCGAAAACAAACACGUACCAGUCUCUCGAUUCCAGUUCUCCUGCUUACAGUAAGAUAAGCCAGAUAGCCAAGAUCCUCCACAGUCGUAACACGUUGCAGCGCGCCGUCCCUCGUGUCAUAAUAAAGCAUCGCUCCAGCCUCCCUGCCGCAAACGCCACUCCCGCCGGUAACCACACACCAACAGCAACCGAGAGAAAAAUCGUGGUCAGAGUGCUGCCUGGGAAAACCAGCGUCGCUCCCACGGCUGCUGUUGGAGUGCAGAGCGCCGCUGAAUCUGGUUUCUCCAACAUGGAGGAAAGCACGGCUCAGGCCAUCAUCGACAGAGCCAUGGCGACGCACCGCGACUCGUCGAGGACAAAACCGAACAUCCUCACUCACGUUCGGGAGCCAAACGCCGGUCAGGGUAGCGUGUCCCAGCUUCAGGACGCAGAGGAGUCGGACCGGGCUCCGGCUGCACGUUCAGAGUCGCCCGGUGGUUUAAUACCUGAACCACAUUGGAACUUGCAACCAAGAGCUGCCUCAUCACGCCACCUGGUGAAAGUCAAGAGAGUCUCGUCAUCAACUGAAAAGCUCUCGAGGAAAAAAUCCAAGAUCGACUUCUUGUCGGAUCCAUCAAGUGAGCUGGAAAAGGCGAAUGAAGCCAGCAGAUUGAGUGGUGUGAGAAUGAAAGCUCCGAGCAUGAAGGACAUUCUCGAUCUAGAUCAGGCGAACGUGUCUGAGCCUGAGCUGCUGAGAAUCGCUGCUCCACCUCCGCCCAAACUCUCCAGACAUCCUCAGGUUGAACGCUCAUCCGCACAAACCAACACACAGAGCGACGAGAGUAAAACGCACAUGUGGGUCAGCGCUCGCCACAGUGACCUCUCUGAAUGGGCCCCUAAUACAGGUUUCAGCUCAGACGAAGACGUUCCUCCACCUAAACACAAGAAGAGGAUGUACAUGAACCAGCCUCACCUGCGCUUUGAAAUCACCAGUGAUGAUGGAUUUAGUGUUAAAGCAAACAGCCUCGAGGUCGCCUGGCGUGCAGUGAUUGACGGUGUCCUUGAAGCUCGCGCAGGCUUCCACCUGAAGCAGCUGCCUCUGGGCGGGAUGAGCGGGCCGCGGGUGCUCGGAGUCGUCCACGAUGCCGUCAUCUUCCUGCUGGAGCAGCUGCAGGGGGCCACCAACUGCAAAUACCACCGCUUCCGCUUCCACCGCUGUGAUGCCAUCGAGGAAGAGCUUCCCCUCAACCCAAGUGGCUGCGCCCGCACUGAAAUCUACACAAGGAAAGCAACAUUUGAUAUGUUCAACUUCCUGGCAUCGCAGCACAGAGAGCCCCCGGACGUCGUCGCCCCCUUUGAUGAAGAGGAGGAUGAAUUCCCACUCAAAUCUUCCCGACGAGCCACCAGCAGUGAGCUGCCCAUGGCCAUGAGGUUCAGGCACCUGGAGAAAAUAUCCAAAGAAGCAGUCGGAGUUUACAGAUCUCAAAUUCACGGGCGUGGACUCUACUGUAAGAGGAACAUCGAGGCGGGGGAGAUGGUCAUCGAGUACGCCGGCACCGUCAUCCGCUCGGUCCUGACCGACAUGAGGGAGAAGUAUUACGACAGCAAGGGCAUCGGCUGCUACAUGUUCCGCAUCGACGACUUCGACGUGGUGGACGCCACGAUGCAGGGCAACGCCGCCCGCUUCAUCAACCACUCGUGCGAGCCCAACUGCUACUCGCGCGUCAUCAACGUGGACGGCCGCAAGCACAUCGUCAUCUUCGCCCUGAGGAAGAUCUACCGCGGCGAGGAGCUCACCUACGACUACAAGUUCCCCAUCGAGGACGAGGACAGCAAGCUGCACUGCAACUGCUCCACGAGACGCUGCCGCCGCUUCCUGAACUAGCACGCCGCCGCGCACCAAUGGUCAUCUGGUUGAAUAAUGCACUUGAAUUCAGAAGGCGGACUUUGAUGAUUAGAUGAAGGCGACUGUUGUGACGCAGCCAUAAGAAGAGAGAGGGCGCCGAUGUGCACAGAUCUGAUCUACUGAGUCCUCACUUCAUUGGAAGUUUAAUUUAUCGACCGGGCGAGAAACCAGAUUAGAGCCAUAUGUCAAAACUUGGGAAGAGAACUAUUUAUUCAGUUUCCGGACUGCUGGAUUGUUGCUCUCUUUUUGUUUAUUUUGUCGUUAUUCAUUUACUGUUUGAUACACCUCAGUCUUUCAAGUCUUUCCUCUGUCAUCAGUAGCAUCUGCUGGAGCUCGGGAGGCGACAACUACCAGCCAACUCUCAAACAGCCCGAUUGCAUUUAUUAGUAUUGGCUCCAGAACUAUGCUGGUGACAGGGUGUCUUUGUAAAUAUCAGGUCUCAGAAAGGGAUGACGACAUUAAUUUAAAUCGGCACCUUAUUUUGAAAAGACCCUCUCAGGUAGCGCUGGUGUCACAGCAGACGGGACUAAUUUUAAUUUCAGAACAAAAGUCGACUCAAAGCACCUUGUGCACGUUGUAGUGCAGCUACAUUUUAACAUCACUCUGGACGCCACAGGGACGACAAUAAGGUGCUGAUGACGUUUACCCUAAUGGGAACUUUUAAUACGAGUCACCCAAACCUUUUUCCACCUCUCAGAAACAUCUCGCUUUUAUUUGUAACGGCAGAGAUGCUGCGAUCGAACUGCUUUUAUUCCCCUGAUCUGUUCUUUAUCUGUUGAUUUGUGCUGUCGAUGUAUUUUAAGGUCUAUGAGGGAGUUUUCCACAGUGCAGGGUUCAAAGUUACUACAGUGAUCCUGCUCUGCUCAGUCCCUUGUGAAUCUUUUUUUCUUUUGUAUUUUUGUAUAUUUGAACAAUAAGUGUAUAUUAAACAAGCUAAUGGAAAUACAUGUGUUUGAGCUUUUAACUUUGUUUUUGUAAGGUUAAUCUUUCUUUAUUUUAUUUGUAUGUGGUUGUUUUUCACCCUGUCUCACUGGUGUUCUACCUCAAAGGUGUUAUGAAGCAAGAUUUAAUUUCAAAACAUUUGCUUCCUCAUUGUUCAGUCCUUGUAAUUAUCACGUUAUUAUAGUGUGAAAACAGCUCUAUUCACUACUAUUAAACACUGACUUAUUAUUAUGCCUGCAAUGAUUUCCUUGAAUGCAGUAAAGUUAUCCGCUGUUUCUUUUCCCCCUGUGUGCAUCUCCACCCGCCUGUGGCCGUAGAAGCUGAACCCAGUAGAUGUUUGUUACGUUUUCUUUGGAUAAACAACUGAAUUUGAAACUAAACUUUGUCACAAUGGAUUUUUGCUUGUAUAAAGUUGUAUAAAGAAUUUCUAAAACCUGUAAAAUAUUUUUUAUAUACACUUUUUUAAUUUAUGUUCAAUAAAGAUUUAAAAUGUUAAGACUUU